AUGAGGAAGAGGAGAUACUUCACAAGUGAACCCCCCCCGGACGAUUUAAAUUAUCUGAAUACCAAAGACACGUCAAACAAAAAUGACAACGACUGUUUGGACCCAAAUGAGCAGGACAUAUUCGCUUCGUACCUUCCAAGGGUCAAUCAGAACAUCUAUUUUCCGAAAAGUUUGCGUGAACACAUGAUUGUGGAGUAUACGGCUAUGUUUGCAAAUUCGGAAGGCGACAUCGCGGAGUUCUACCUCAAACUGAACAAUGACGUCCUGAUCAAGUUCCCUUUUUUACAUGUAGACCAUCCGCUGCACAGAUACUACGAACUCGUUAAGGAGAAUACCAACAGGAGGCUAAUUGACGACCACCCAAAUUCCAUUCCCAUGGCCUUACGUGGUUUAUUUACACAUAUGCGCCAACUUGAAAAAGAUAAAGUCACUAGCAAUGAGGUCAAAGACAACAUGCUAAGGGAAAAACAAAAAAUUAGUAUAAAGGAUGCAAAUGACAUGAAAUACAUGGAAUCGGAUGACGAGACGGAAGAAAAAAACAUCGUGCAGGAAAAACCGAUUGGGGAUGAAGACCUACUCCAAAUGGACAAUCUGAUUAACCAAAUUCUUCACUCCAAGAAGGAACUGCCCAUCUACUUCGCCCGACUUCUCAUGCGCUGUAUAGAAAAACUAAAGUACCUGCAAUACGGUUCCAAGGAAUAUGCCUACUUCUCGGAACGAAUAAUGCCUGGAGAGGGCUCCCCUAAUGGCGCAUUCCCAAACGUUACGUCUGCAGAUUUUCAAAGUCUUGUAUUCCUCCUGGAUGAGAUGAAUCUCGCCCGAGAGAAUGCUCCUGAGGGAAAUGCCAAAGAAGAAUCUGUGGUUGAGGAAAAGGACAAUAUCAAGACCAUACAGGAAUGUAGAAGAGAGCGUGCUAAAAUGAUACUCCAGGAAUUUAAAAAGGAGUAG